AUGUGGUCAAAACGAUUAGUUGGAGAGCUCCGAAAGACGGUUCUGGAGGGCGUUGAGCUCGUUGCCGAGUGUUUGGAGAGGCAGAGAAGAGGAGACGUCGCACGAACGACGAAUGAACGGAAGGACGUUGACAUUUUCAGACUCAUUCCAUACCUAUUAUUACUCGUCGGUCCACUCUCCAACUCGCGAAUCACACAUCUCGUCAAUUUCAGCACGACCUUUGUGAUAUACUCUUGUCCACGCGAGUUGUGUGUCCACCACGCGUCUCCUCCACUUCUAAACUCGUCCGACGCGAUCUUCAAGAAUCCACAAUUCGAUAGCUCUAUCCGUUUACAAAGAAUCGGAUAG